CGACAGAGACAGAGUGGCAAGUGUCGACACUGUCGACGUAUCCAAGAUGGCGAGCACGGUAAACGAAAUUACGGCACAGGCGAACGAAAAUAUAACGGAAUACCAAAAUGCAACUACAGCGAGAGUACCGUCGACACCCGAGGGAAUGGCGAUCGCUUAUGGCAGCAUCAUUAUUAUGGCCAUCCUGCCGAUUUUCUUCGGUAGCUACCGUGCGGUCAAGCACCAUAAGGAACAGCAGCAAUUGUAUAAAACGAGUGGUGAACAGCCUGACACCAUGUCUCGCAGAGAAGCUGCUAUGUUUCCUCUUAUCUCCAGUGUUACAUUAGUUGGCUUGUAUAUAUUAUAUAAGGUAUUUGCAAAAGAGUACGUUAAUCUGAUAUUAGCCGGAUAUUUCUUCUUUCUGGGUAUUCUAGCCUUGUGUCAUCUUACGAGCCCAUUGAUUUCAUCGUUGGUGCCUGCUGCGAUCCCAAAGACGCAGUAUCACAUUUUAUUUACAAAAGGAAAGGAUGAUAAAGAGGAGCAUAUAAUUAAUUACAAGUUUAAUCUUCACGACAUUGUGUGCCUCAUCUGUUGCUCAUUCGUGGGUGCCUGGUACCUUCUGAAAAAACACUGGAUAGCUAACAAUCUCUUUGGCAUAGCCUUUGCCAUUAAUGGAGUCGAAUUAUUACAUCUUAACAAUGUCGUGACUGGAUGCAUUUUACUGUGUGGUCUUUUGUUUUACGAUGCUUUUUGGGUGUUUGGUACAGAUGUAAUGGUGACAGUCGCAAAGUCCUUUGAAGUGCCCAUUAAACUUGUGUUUCCACAAGAUCUUUUGGAAAAGGGCUUGAACGCUGAUAAUUUUGCCAUGUUAGGAUUAGGUGACAUUGUAUUGCCUGGUAUCUUUAUCGCGUUGCUUUUGCGAUUCGACAACAGUUUGAGCAGGAAGACCAACGUCUACUUUUAUUCCACAUUUUUUGCGUAUUUCAUGGGAUUACUCGCCACCAUGAUGAUUAUGCACUUAUUUAAUCACGCACAACCUGCUUUGCUAUAUUUGGUACCUGCGUGCAUAGGCACGCCAUUGCUCUUAGCGUUAGUCAAGGGAGACCUGAAGGCAUUGUUUUCGUAUGAAGAUCAUCCGUCGCCACCUAUGAACGCGGCGCAACAAUCGGAGCAAACCCAAGUAGAAGCGAAAAAGGAUAAAUAAUAGCCUGAUGCAUAAGAUGCGCUGUGUGCGUUGUGACAUUAUCCUGUACGUAUCUUUCGACGUCAUCAUGCGUACAUGGAAAAGGAGAAGGAAAUGAGUAAUAGUUCACGGUUCACAAGCUCAAGACGUACAAUCACACGCAUUGUAAAAUACAAUAGCUUAACUAUAUCUUGAAUAUGACUUGCAAGAUAUAUUCAUAUGAUACGAUUCACACGUAGCGUUCAUGGCUAUCGUUUCCCAUCUGAAGAAGAAGAAUCCAACCUAGACGUUAGGACUGUGAUAACCAAGAACGCAGUUUUAUUUGCAUGCAAAAGAGAUCUUUAUCACUCAUGUAUGGUAUUAAUGACCGACAUUUCGAGAUAGAUGAGAGGAAGACACACACUGUUGUUUGGAAAACGUUAAAGCUAGAGAGAGAGAGAGAGAGAGAGAGAGAGAGAGAGAAAAAUAGAA